AUGCGGUAUUCGAAGAGUUUUAGUUUAAAAACAAAAACAGGGGAAGGGGUAAAAAGAAAAACCGACGGCAACGAAAAAAAAGAAAAAAGUCUUUUUUUUUGCCUUUUUUUUUUUUUUUGCGCCUUUCUUCCUGGCCUUUUGCGCUGCAACCACGACGUGCAUAGACGUGGCGGGCACACGACUCACAGACCCGCAGGUGGGCAGCAUUCACAUCUGCGGCGAAUGCCAACACCACCGCCGACGAGGAGAUCAACCGACACGACUCAUGAGAUCACACGUGUUCAGGGCAAAGACAACACGGGGGAGACGAUGGCGUUGAUGGUUAUAGACGAUAGAAGGCAUCCAUUGGUGUCCAGCCACACCCCGCCGCAGUCCGUGGGAUCCUCGUCACGGGAGAAGGCGGAGGGGGAGGAAAACGCGCGGCGCAAAGGACGGGCCAUUCAGCGAAAGAUUCUCCCACAGCCGUCCAAGUUUCCUACGCCCCUUCCGACGCCAGCCAAGGGGCCUUUUCCAUUGCCAUUGCCUCCUCGCACCGCCGCAACCAAGCCUGGGGCCUCAUCCAGCAAAAUUGCCGUGACGAGCACUUCUAAAAACAAGGUUCAACCGGCUUCUUCACGCCAAACCCAGGAACUGCCGCCUUCCAUUUUUGAUGAUGCGCCUGUACAGGCCAGCCUGGAAUACUUGACACGGCCACAUCGCUCGUGGGACAGUGCUGUUAGAAUUUGGGAACGGAGAGGCAGAAGACAAGAGUCAGAAAAGAACCGUCGUACGUGGAGCAACAGCGGUUUAUCUAAUUCCGUAGCGGGCUCUACGCGAUUGUCGUGUGCUUCAUCAAAUAAGGCAGCGAGUUCAUCAAGUAUCAGUAUCUGUAGUGCUCCUCCCACUGUUGGUCGUCUUCGCACUCAGAUGUCAUCUGGCAACUCCUCAGGGUGUGGAGUGCUUCGUCGGGGGCGCUUCGGUCUGUUGCCGAGCCUCCAAGCCGAUCCGGAGGGUCUUGCAGUUGGCGGAAGUCGUCUUUCGCCGCCAGCACAUUUUUCGACGAUGUCUCGUUUUAAGCCAUUGCCUCAGGGUGGUGCAUCCUCCCCGGCAACGACGAACAAGUUUGGCGUCUCUGACUCCGAGAGGCGGGGCGUGAGCACACCCCUGUUAGGCAAGGUACGAGAAUUUACUUUUACGAUGCAGUAG